AUGUAUUGGGCAACACUCUCCAUCCUCCUUACCCUCCUCGCAACAACAGCCCACUCCCUCCGCACACACCGCAUCACCACAAAAUUCGGCCCAUCAUGCCCAUCCAACUCCCAAACCCCAAAUGACCUCGACCUCGAUGAGCGAUUCACCGUCAGCAUGAACAUCCGCCAGGGCGUCUGCCAGGGCGUCCCCGUCCCCAUCCCCCUCGGCUAUCUCAACGAGGUAGACCACGUCUCAUUCGCUCUAGAGAUCGACGAGCGGCAGCGCGGCCACGGCGGCGCAAACUCGAGCCUAACCUCGAGCUCAAGCCCAAGUAUUCAUCCAAGUGCAAGCAUGCACCCAACUUCAAGUGCAGUCGCAAGCACAACACCUACAAUACCAAGCCCAACCCCAAGUCCAAGCUCAGUCUCAGUGGCAGGGUUCUGGCGCCGCAAGGAGAGCCGUCCCAACAUCGAGAUGUGCACGGUGCGCCUCUUCGAGAAGCCGGGGUGCUACGAGCCGGUGCUCAUCCGGCGCGAGUUCGCUGUGGGUUCUGGGACUGGUGGCGAGAGCGAGUGUGUCAAGCGGAGUCCGGGAUAUAUGCCUCUUUCGGAGGUGUAUAUGAGGAUUGAUUGUUCCGAUGGAAGUGGCAGUGGCAGUGGAUAUAGUCAUGCACCUGCGAUUGGGAAUGGAACUGUGCCGACCAAUGCGACGGUUAAGGGGCAUGUCUCGCAUCCUCCCAAUGGUGUUAUGCCGGGGAGAUGGCAGCAGAGGAGGCUGUCGCUUUUGGGUCGUUAG